ACUAUUACCCAGGAGUUUGGAUAUUAAUUUGAUAAUGUUGAUUUACAAGGAAAGAAUCAAUUUCAUGGUUUAUUUCCCGCUACUUUCUUUGGGAAAGAAAAGACCAGCACCAAAACCCUCGUUACACUUUUGCCACACAUUCUCAAUCUUUUAGCACAAACCCCGAUUUUCUCUGCGAGUUCUUUUAUAUCUGUUCAAAAGAGGAUAGUGUUCCCAUUAAAAGAAAAAUGGAGCGUGCUUUAAUCAUGUUUAACCUGGAUGAUUCUCAUACUGAUGAUAAAACAAAAAGGUUAGAAAGGAUAUUAAGAAGACGGAAGGCCAGGAAUAAUAGUUUGAAGCACAAUCGUGUCGUUAGUGCUUCAAGAACAACUGCGAUGAUUUGUGGAAAUACGAAUGUUUUAAUAGAUGUAGAUGAUCAUAAGAUUGAUGUUGAUAUUGGUUCUCAUAUGAGUGAGAAUUUGAAGAGUCCUGAUACCGACAAUAAAAGAAAAGGGUUAAAAAGGCUAUCAAGAAGACAAGAGGCCAGAAGUGAUAGUUUGAAGCGCAAACGUGUCACUAGUGCUUCAAGAACAACUGCGAUGAUUUGUGCAAAUACAAAUGUUUUAGAGAAUAUAAAUGAUCAUACGGGUGAUGAUGAUGAUGAAUUGGAUGAAGAUUACAAAUCUUUUUUAAUUACAUAUGAUCCUGAUAACAAAAAUGUCAGUGAUGAAGUGGAUUCAGAUUAUGCUACACUUUUGGCUACAUAUGAUCCUAUUGUUGAAAUUGACAGUGCUAGUAAUCGUCGCGGUAGUUCAAAUAUUGGCGUUAGCAAUAUCAAUGACAAUCAUCAAGUGGAUGCAGAUUACCAAUCCUUUUUGCCUAGAUAUGAUCCUGGUCAUAUCAGCGAUGAUGUUGGUGUAAAUGAAGAUGAUCACAGAUUGGUUAAUCUAGGUAGUGAGUCACUAGGAAAAAGUUCAAGUGUUAAGCGAAAUUCACUGGUUCCUGUGACGAUUGUUGAUGGUGAUAAGGAGUAUAUCCGUGGUAAGAAUACCAAAAACACAUCCAAGGUGGAGGAUAGUGAGUCACUAGGACAAAGUUCAAGUGUUAAUCGAAAUUUACUAGUUCCUGUGACGAUUGUUGAUGGUGAUAAGGAGUAUAUGCGUGGUAAGAAUACCAAAAACAUAUCCAAGGUGGAGGGUAGCGAGUCACUAGGACAAAGUUCAAGUGUUAAGCGAAAUUCACUAAUUCCUGUGACGAUUGUUGAUGGUGAUAAGGAUUAUAUGCGUGGUAAGAAUACCAAAAACACAUCCAAGAUGGAGGGUAGUGAGUCACUAGGACAAAGUUCAAGUGUUAAGCGAAAUUCACUAGUUCCUGUGACGAUUGUUGAUGGUGAUAAGGAGUAUAUGCGUGGUAAGAGUACCAAAAACACAUCCAAGAUGGAGGGUAGUGAGUCACUAGGACAAAGUUCAAGUGUUAAGCGAAAUUCACUAGUUCCUGUGACGAUUGUUGAUGGUGAUCAGGAGUAUAUGCAUGGUAAGAAUACCACAAACACAUCCAAGGUGGAGGGUAGCGAGUCACUAGGACAAAGUUCAAGUGUUAAGCGAAAUUCACUAGUUCCUGUGACGGUUGUUGAUGGUGAUAAGGAGUAUAUGCGUGGUGUUCCUGUGACGAUUGUUGAUGGUGAUAAGGAGUAUAUGCGUGGUAAGAGUACCAAAAACACAUCCAAGAUGGAGGGUAGUGAGUCACUAGGACAAAGUUCAAGUGUUAAGCGAAAUUCACUAGUUCCUGUGACGAUUGUUGAUGGUGAUCAGGAGUAUAUGCAUGGUAAGAAUACCACAAACACAUCCAAGGUGGAGGGUAGCGAGUCACUAGGACAAAGUUCAAGUGUUAAGCGAAAUUCACUAGUUCCUGUGGCGAUUGUUGAUGGUGAUAAGGAGUAUAUGCGUGGUAAGAGUACCAAAAAUACAUCCGAGAUGGAGGGUAGUGAGUCACUAGGACAAAGUUCAAGUGUUAAGCGAAAUUCACUAGUUCCUGUGACGAUUGUUGAUGGUGAUAAGGAGUAUAUGCGUGGUAAGAGUACCAAAAACACAUCCAAGGUGGAGGGUAGUGAGUCACUAGGACAAAGUUCAAGUGUUAAGCGAAAUUCACUAGUUCCUGUGACGAUUGUUGACGGUGAUAAGGAGUAUAUGCGUGGUAAGAAUACCAAAAACACAUCCAAGGUGGAGGGUAGUGAGUCACUAGGACAAAGUUCAAGUGUUAAGCGAAAUUCACUAGUUCCUGUGGCGAUUGUUGACGGUGAUAAGGAGUAUAUGCAUGGUAAGAGUACCACAAACACAUCCAAGGUGGAGGAUGGGGGUAUUCCCUCCGAUCCAGAUGUAACUAUUUUGAAAUCUUAUCCAAUUUGUGAAGCUAACCCUUUCGUUCCUUCAAAUAUAUAUGAUUCAUCUUGUUUUGGAGAAGAAGUGAACCCCAAAGACAACAUGCAAAUAGCUGCUUAUGAUGAUUCUCAAUUUAGGAGAAGACUUUUGGAACAUCUUGACAGGCCUUAUGACCAGAAAGAGUAUAAGUCCCUUCUAAUCGAACUAUGUGACAAAAAGCAACUGGAACGCCAAUACGAAACAUGGAAGGGGGAAUUUGAAUCAUAUGACACUGAAGGUGUCACUACACCGUAUUAUGUAAUGUACCCUGAUCUAUCCAAAGCUAUUGCUAAGGAGCCCAAGAAUAAGCGCAGGGUUUUGUUUCUCUUGCGUGGUUUUUUUUUCUAUCUGAAAAACGUGUGUCACAUGGGAUCAUUUCAGCCUUGGCUUGACGAGUCAUGUUUGGAGUUAAUGCGAAAAAUUUAAAAUUGAAAUCUCUUAUAUCUAGGAUUAGAGCCUUGUUGUUGUUGUUGUAUCUAGUAUUAGGAUUGAAAUCUCUUAAGGUUUUCAUAAGCUUAGUAAUAGUUAGAUGAAGUGUCUCUUAGCUGAACCUUAUGAAAACAAAAUAUGAAAAUCUAUUUAUUUUA